UUUCUGCAAGGUGAAGGUCCCAAUUUUCUUAUCUAUCAGCAAGAACAAGAGGAAGAAGAAGAAAAGCUAACAAUGGCGUCGAUCACACCCGCUUUAUGUGGCCCUGUGUUGAACACCUCCUUCCUCAGGAAACAACCACUGAACAUCUCAAGCAUGAGGGCAUUCCAAAACGCUAACGCAGUGUUUGGCGUGAAAGGAGGAAAUGGAGGUCGUGUCACUGCCAUGGCUGCUUACAAGGUGAAGCUGAUAACUCCAGAGGGAGAGAAAGAGAUAACUUGCCCAGAUAAUGAAUACGUUCUUGAUGCUGCAGAAGAAGUAGGCAUUGACCUUCCCUACUCCUGCAGGGCUGGUUCUUGCUCUUCCUGCGCCGCCAAAAUUGUCUCCGGCCAAGUCGACCAGUCAGACGGUAACUUCCUUGAUGACGACCAGAUUGAUGCAGGCUUUGUUCUCACCUGCGUUGCUUUCCCAACCUCCGAUCUUGUCAUCCAGACCCACAAGGAGGAUGACCUCGUUGCUUAAAUCUUAUCAUCGUCGCUGUCAUCAAGUUUCUUCCUUUCCCAGCACCAUUGUCUUUUUGCCUUUAUUCUGUGCCAUUUUUUAAGGAUAUAUACGUAUUAUGAACAACUUGUUCAUUGCUGUCAGUCACUAUAAUUUAUCUUCUUUUCCUUAUUGUUGUUGCACACCUGAUACUUUCUUAAAUUGUUAUAGAAGAUGAUGUUAGUGCAGAGGAUUACAGUACCGAAAUAUGGUAUCUGAAGUACUACUUAAAUUAAUGUCUAUGCUCAUUUAAGAGUGAUUUGUA